CCAGUUCCCCCGCCGCCGCCGUCCACCCAAAUCCCCACUCGCCGCCGCCGAUGGCAGCACCCAACACGGCGGCUCCUCGCGCAGCAAGCACCUGAUUGGCCGCUCCCUAUCUCCACGGAUGGCGAUGACGGGGGGCUCGAUGGACAGCCUCACCGACGACAUCCUCGCCGACAUCAUCUCGCGAGUGCCCUACAAGUCGACCUGCUGCUGCAAGUGCGUCUCCACGCGGUGGCGUGACCUCAUCACCCACCCCGACCACCGCGCCAAGAUGCCCCAGUCCCUGCUCGGCUUCUUCUAUGAAACCUAUGACAUAGCCCGCUUCCCACGGAAGGCUCGCUAUUUUAUCAACGCGUUAGCGCAGGGCUUCCCUCCUCUUGUCGACCCCUCGCUAUCGUUCCUGCCCAAACAUGAGAGUCUUCACAUCUUGGACGGCUGCAACGGUCUCCUCCUCUGCCUCCUCCUCGAGGAGGGGACUGAUGCUGAUGAGAUCCAAUAUUAUGUGGUGUGCAAUCCCUCCACGGAGAAAUGGGUGGUCGUGCCUACCACCGACUGGUCUAGGAGGGCACAAGUUUACCUGGCCUUCGAUCCGGCUGUCUCCUCCCACUUCCAUGUGUGUGAGCUCGUAGAUUCUGAUACCUGGCAUGCUGAUGGUACUGGAACUAUUGGAGAUAUUGCAGCCGUGGUGAUAUACUCGUCCAAAACUGGAGUCUGGAGUCACAAGGCCGAUGCUUGGACCGGAUCUAGUGUUGAUAUACCCAUCGGUGCGAAAAGCGUCUUCUUUAGGGGGGAGCUGCAUUUGUGUGCCUACGAUAAUCAGCUUAUAUCCAUUGAUGUGGAGGAAAACGAUUGGAAAUCCAUUCAUCUUCCCGAAACAGUUACCAUUUAUUUUGGCAUUUAUCUAUCACAUGGUCAGUUGCAUUUUGCAAAUAUCGGUCUUUCUGCAUUAUCAAUAUGGGUUCUUGAGGACCCCAGUAAUGAAAAUUGGACCUUGAAGCGCUAUAUCAGCCACUUACAGCUCUUUGGAACAGAGUAUUCAGCAUAUGCGGAUGAUUACAGUGUUAUCUCAAUCCACCCCGAAGACAAUUUGAUUUUCAUAGUCGCUGGACACAUGCAGACACUCAUGUCUUAUGGAAUGGAUUCCAUGAAGCAGCGUAUUAUACGUCCACUUGGAUCUGUUAGUAGUAACAGGGUUCAUUGUAUUCCAUAUGUUCCGUUGUUCUUAGAGUCAUUGGCAGAUGGACACUAAAUGCCGUGCUUCUCCAG